AUGUCAGGUGCUGGAAGAGACAGAGGACGACCUGUUAGAGGCAGAGGUCAGGGAGGUGCUGGUCGUGGUGGUGUUGACCAUGACGAUGUUCAGUUGGAGGAUGCACCUUAUGCUUUGAAUCCUAUGAUUGGAUUUAUCAGAGAUAUAUGCAAAUUGAGCGCUGUUGAAUUUGUUAGAGCUACCGAUCAACUUUAUGCUGAGAAGUGGAUUGAAGAUAUGGAAAAGUAUUUUGAGAUGAUAGACUGUACUGAGGUGCAGAAAAGGAAGAUUGGUGCAUUUCUUUUAUCUGGUGAGGCGCGCCAAUGGUGGCUGUCAAAGACCAGGAUGGUUGCGGACAUUAUAACUAUGACCUGGGAUGAUUUUAAAACUCGGUUCAACGAUAAAUACUUUCCACAAUCAGUGAAGGAGAAGAAGGCAACUGAGUUCAUGCAGCUGGAACAGAAACUUGAUAUGACAAAGGGUCAGCAGCAACAGACUCAGAGAAACUGGCAGGGUCAGUCUUGGAAGAGAGGUAGACAAGAUUGGCGAGCAGGGAAACGUCAGAGAGUUGGUAAAGGUGAUCAAUCCACAACUUUAGUACCAACCACACCUAAUGAUGCACAGCCAUAUCAGUUCAGUGGGAAUUGCUACAAUUGUCGUGAGCAAGGACAUUUGGGUCGUAAUUGUCCCAAGCCUCACAAGAAUAACCAGCAGAAAGGUCAGGCACCACAGCAUCAAGGAGGUGCAAGGGUUUGUGCAGUUAUUCCAGAUGGGAGACAGGAUCGUGCACCACCAGCAGUGGAAGGUACACUUACUAUUUAUGGCAGUAUAGCUAGAGUACUAUUUGAUUUAGGUUCUUCAUAUUCUUUUAUUGCACUAUCAUUUGUGAACACACUGGGAUUAAAACCUGGACAUAUAAGUAAUGCCCUAUCUAUUACAACUCCACUAGGGAGCGCGACAACACUUGAUAGAAUAUGUCGUACUUGUCCUGUUACAAUUGGGGAGUUGGAGUACCCUAUUGAUUUGAUAGUAUUAUGUAUGAAAGACUUUAAUGCUAUACUGGGUAUGGAUUGGUUGACUAGAUAUCAUGCUCAGUUGGACUGUCAUGAGAGGAUUAUUGUAUUCUUAAUUCUGGGACAAUUACCUUCUCGAUAUAAGUGUGGAGAGUUCGAGGGCACCAUAACUAUGGGAUUUCUCGCACACAUUAAGGUGGUUGAGCAACGCUUGACUAUAGAGCAGUUGCCUACAGUGUUAGGGUAUGCAGAUGUGUUUCGGGAUAUUCCGGGUUUGCCUCCUAGGUGGGCAGUGGAUUUCUGCAUCGACUUUACUCCUGGUAUUUCACCUAUCUCUAGGGCACCAUACAGAAUGGCGCCAGUCACUAUUAAGAACAAGUACCCAUUGUCACGCAUUGAUGACCUGUUUGAUCAACUCAGAGGGGCGCAGUCGUUCUCUAAGAUUGACUUGAGGACUGGUUACUAUCAGCUGAGGAUUAGGAAGAAGGAUAUUCCUAAGACUGCCUUUAGGACUCGUUAUGCUUUUAUGGAUUUGAUGAACAGAGUGUUUCGACCUUACUUGGAUCAGUUUGUUGUGGUAUUUGUUGAUAACAUCCUGAUAUAUUCCAAGACUAAGGAAGAGCAUGAGAGACACUUGAGCAUUACACUUCAGACUUUGUGUGAGCAUCAGCUCUAUGCUAAGUUUGAGAAAUGUGACUUUUGGCAGGAGCAGAUUCAAUUUUUGGGGCCUGUGAUCUCUAAGGAUGGAGUUUCAGUAGAUUCUACCAAGGUGGAGGCUGUGAUGAGUUGGAAGCGGUCUACUACUGUCACUAAGAUUCGUAGCUUCUUGGGACUGGCAGGGUACUAUAAGCGCUUCAUUGAGGGUUUCUCCAAGAUUACUGCACCUUUGACCCGUUUGACUUGGAAGGAUGUGAAGUUUGUUUGGGACCACCGCUAUACAUCACAUCAGGGUCUUGGCUGUGUUUUGAUGCAAGAUGAUAAGAGGCAUUACUUGUAUGGCAAGGAAUUUGAGUUAUUCUCUGAUCACAAGAGCCUCAAAUACCUCUACACUCAGAAGGAGUUGAAUAUGAGGCAACGGAGGUGGAUGGAGAAGAUGAAGGAUUUUGAUAUGACCCUUCAGUAUCAUCCUAGAAAGGCGAAUGCGGUAGUAGAUGCCUUGAGUCGGAAACCGAGAGGAUUAGUUGCCUUUAUGAUGAUUCAGGAGUGGAUGAUCCGGAUCAUUUAUGCUCAAACUCAGGAUGACAGGUUACAGACCAAAGCAGUUGAGGCUGUUAAUGAUGAAUGUAAUGUCGACUGGACGUAUGGAGCUGAUGGUGGUAUAAGAUUUCGAGGUAGGCUAUGUGUCCCAGAUUUAGCAGACCUCAAGAGAGAAAUUUUAGAGGAGGCACACCACUCUAGGUACACAGUACACCCAGGUGGCACUAAGAUGUAUCAUGAUCUUAAGAAGCAGUUCUGGUGGGAAGGCAUGAAACGUGAUGUGGCAGAGUUUAGUAGUUUCCAUGCAGCUUUUGGUACUCCUUUGAGUUUGAGUACUGCUUUUCAUCCUCGGACUGAUGGCCAAUCCGAAAGGGUCAUUCGGGUAUUAGAGGAUAUGCUUCGUGCUUGUGCGCUAGAUUUUCGGGGCAGUUGGGAAGAUCACAUUCCACUGGUUGAAUUCGCUUAUAAUAACAGCUAUCAGGCUAGUAUCGGAAUGGCACCGUAUGAGGCACUUUAUGGUAGACCUUGUCGUUCACCUGUAUGUUGGGCUGAGGUUGGUGAUGGUAGUUUUUUGGGGCCAGAGUUGGUGCAAGAGACUACGGAGAAGGUUACCAUCAUUUGA